AGGGUGGAGCGGGGAGCGUAAAGUCGUAGAUUUGCGUACACGAGGAGGAUUGGGAAUUCCUGGCCAAUUGCUCUCAUCUCAGAGAGGUACAACAGUAAACAAAGUGUUCAGUGUUUUGCGCCGUGGAAGACGAGAUACGCUGUAAAGUUGGAGUACUAAUUAUUAAUCUUAAACAUGAAUAUGCGGAGUAUUGUCCCGAUUGUCCUACUUUUCUUCGGCUUGGCGACGGUGUUGGCGCAGACUUCCGCACCUGGCAAAGCUUGCGAGACUAAGAAUGGAACAAGCUGUGAAGAAUGUCUGAGCAAUGUGACGUGCCUUUGGUGCAUUCAAACCAAGAUGUGCAUAACGUAUCCGGUAAACACCAUUCUGCCCCCCCCCCAUUGCUGUCUGCCCCCCUGAAUGAUGCCCCGCUGGGGGCUGUGCUGGAUGAACUUCCAGACUCUGAUCAUAACCUUGUCAGUGGUAGCUGGAGUCAUCAUCAUCGCUUUCUUGGUCUGCCUGUUCUGCUGUUGCAAGUGUGAAAACUUUGGGACAAAGAGGUUUGAAGAUAAGAUGGAGAGACAAGCCAACAAGACAAAGGGCAAACAAGAAGAAAGGAGAGCAGAGAUGAGACAGAGACAUGAGGAAAUCAGAACUAAAUAUGGUCUAAGUGGAGCAAAUAAAUAUUCUCGAUUUUCGUGAGCUUUCAUCUGAUGAACUGGGUAAUGAACACUCAUGACCCCUGACCCUCAUGACCCCUGACCCUCAUACCCCGUCCCUGGAAUCCCUGACGCCAAACCCAGACCUAAGAUCUGGGUUCACAAAGUGACUCAAGCAUUAUAUCAGUGUGUUGGAGGUUAUUUUAAGAUCUGCUGUCUACUUAAAACAUUAAACAGGUCAGUUAGUAUUUUUUUUUUUAAUGGUUAAUGUAAAAAUGAUCAAAUGGGUUUAGAAGAUUGUCUCCCCCAGAUGAGCAUAAGCUUGGUGGGUAUUACAGUGAUAUGAAGCAUUUUACCUUCUGGUUUGCAUUCUCACUUGUCUUUAGUUGAAUCCUGUUUAGAGUUUAGGAUCAUAACUCAAAUAUCUGAGCAAUUCUCCCCCCCCGAAACAUCAACAGGAUCAAAUUGUGUAAUGCCAGUAAUGAACAGGGCUUAAGUUGGUGACAUUUAUUACUGAAUAUUGUUGCUUUAUAAUACAUUUUGCCCAACUACUUAUAUUUUUUAUUUUGGGAAUUUUCACAGUUUCCAAAUCAAGGUGGAUAAUUAUGUUCACAGCUUAAAUAACUAGUUUGGUUUAAGAAGUCUGACAAAGAGAGAUAGAUCAAAUGUGCACCAUACACUCAAUAAACCUGUAAACUGGUCUUAUA